AUAUCAGCUGUACUUUCACUAGCACUUGCAUCGUUUGAACGUUUUUAUAACAAAUAUAGAUUACUUUUAAGCUAUUCCGUCGCCUAUUUUUCUUUUCAUUUAUUUUGUUUUAAAUAAGAAAAAAAGUAUUUGAUUUAAUUAUAUUGUAAAUUAUAUUGGUUGUAACUUUUUUCUGUUUCUGGUAGUUGAGUUUUGAAUUUUGUUUUAAUACGUUGGACAACUUGUUUUUCUUUAUUUGCAAAGUACCUAGAUAAAUGAAAAUCAAAUGUUUUUGUAUUAUGAAAUUUUGAUUCUGUGAGAAGUUAAUGAAUUUUUCCCAUAAAUUUAGAUGACAAGGAUUAAUGUAAAUUACGUGAAUAAACAUUGAUUAUGGAAGCAUUGAUACCAGUGAUUAAUAAGUUACAGGAUGUAUUCAACACUGUUGGUGCAGAUGCAAUACAGCUUCCAGAGAUAGUUGUGCUGGGAACUCAGAGCUCUGGCAAGAGCUCGGUCAUCGAAAGCCUGGUUGGCAGAUCGUUCCUUCCAAGAGGGACCGGGAUUGUUACACGCCGUCCCUUGGUUUUGCAGCUCAUCUAUUCUCCCAAGGAUGAUUCAGAGCAUCGUUCAGCGGAGGAAGGAACUCUGGACACGGGAGAAUGGGGUAAAUUCCUACAUACCAAAGGCAAGAUUUUCACUGACUUUGAUGAAAUUCGAUCUGAAAUCGAAGCUGAAACUGAUAGAAUGGCUGGUCGCAAUAAGGGAAUUUGUCCUGAACCUAUCAGUUUAAAAAUUUUCUCAGCUAAUGUGGUCAAUCUUACUUUAGUUGACUUGCCAGGAAUAACAAAGAUGCCGGUGGGCGACCAGCCGGAGGACAUAGAGCACCAGAUCAAGGAGCUGGUGCACAAGUACAUCAGCAACCCCAACUCCAUCAUCCUGGCGGUGGUGACGGCCAACACGGACAUGGCGACCAGCGAGAGCCUCAAGAUAGCCAAGGAGUGCGACCCCGACGGCAGGCGAACCCUCGCCGUCGUCACCAAGCUCGACCUCAUGGACGCAGGUACUGAUGCGAUAGAUAUCCUGUGUGGUAGAGUGAUUCCUGUGAAGCUGGGAAUCAUAGGUGUUGUGAACAGAUCACAGCAAGAUAUCAUAGACAACAAGACCAUUUCUGAUGCUCUGAAAGACGAAGCCACUUUCCUGCAGCGAAAAUACCCUACACUUGCCAAUCGGAACGGCACUCCUUACCUUGCCAAAACUCUGAACAGGCUUCUGAUGCAUCACAUUCGAGACUGCCUUCCAGAUCUCAAGACUCGUGUGAAUGUGAUGGUGUCCCAGUUCCAGUCCUUGUUGAAUUCCUAUGGAGAAGAAGUUUCAGACAAGAGCCAAACUCUUCUACAGAUCAUCACCAAAUUUGCAUCGUCUUAUUGCUCUACUAUUGAAGGGACUGCUAAAAAUAUUGAAACAACAGAACUCUGUGGUGGUGCUCGCAUUUGUUACAUUUUCCAUGAGACAUUCGGCUGUGCCUUAGACUCGAUCCACCCCUUGUCUGGCCUCACGAAGCUCGAUAUUCUGACAGCAAUUCGUAAUGCUACUGGACCGAGACCAGCGCUGUUCGUACCUGAGGUGUCAUUUGAAUUACUAGUAAAAAGACAAAUCCGCCGCUUAGAGGAACCAUCGCUGAGGUGUGUCGAGCUGGUUCAUGAGGAAAUGCAGCGUAUUAUCCAGCAUUGCGGCACUGAGGUUCAGCAGGAAAUGCUUCGUUUCCCUAAACUGCACGAAAGGAUAAUAGAUGUUGUAACCCACUUGCUGAGGAAGCGCUUGCCUACUACUAACUCUAUGGUUGAAAAUCUGGUUGCGAUAGAAUUGGCGUACAUUAACACAAAACAUCCAGACUUUCAUAAAGAUGCUACAGUUGUGACAUCUCUCCUGAAGUCCGCUGAGAGAGAGGACAGACUAAACCGGCCAGUCAUUAUGCCAAAACGCCAUACUGCACACCCAGGAUCAGAUGGUGAUGGACCAAAGAUGGCAUUGGACCAGGCGCCCGCGCCCUCGGGCUGGCUCUCCAACAUCUUGCCGUCCCAGGGCUCCAGGGGAGCGGAGAACGGGGCGGCGGACGCCGCCUCCGUGAGCCACCAGCUGGACGUGAAGGGGGUCCUGAGCCCGCAGAAGCCAGUCAACCUGCUGCCCGAGGUGCCCAUGCAGACCAGCCGGAAGCUGUCCGACACCGAGCAGCGCGAUUGCGACGUCAUCGAACGCCUCAUCAAAUCCUACUUCUACAUUGUGCGAAAGUCGAUUCAAGACAGUGUACCAAAGGCAGUCAUGCAUUUUCUAGUCAAUUUUGUGAAGGACAACCUGCAGUCAGAGUUGGUGACGCACCUCUACAAGUCUGAUCAAGCGGAAGAACUCUUGAACGAAUCGGAGCACAUUGCCCAGCGUCGAAAGGAAGCUGCCGACAUGCUCAAGGCUUUGCAGCGUGCCAAUCACAUAAUUAGUGAGAUUAGAGAAACACACAUGUGGUGAAAAGAACGAUAGGUGGAAGCAAGCUGGAAGAAUAGGAAAACUGGCUCUCCCGGAGUGCUGUAAACAGGUUUUUGUGAAGAUAGCUUCACUACCUCUGCUUCAAACUCACCAUUGUCAACAGUUGUCAGAAAAAGUAUUAGAAUUUUGUAUUUGUACUUACGUGCCAGUGGUGUUCGUCGCAAUAUUUGACUUGCCAGUGUUUCUAGAAAAUUUUCUGUUGAGAAUAUGAUAUUUUUAAUGUAAUUUCAUUUUUUUUUUUAAAAAUAAUUAUAAUGUGUUGCAAGUAACAGUUUAUUGAAAUGUCAAGUAAAAUUUUUGAUAGGAAAUUUUUAAUUUCACAAUUCAUUACUUUCUAGGAGACAGGUGACUUUUGUGUCCUAGCAAACACCCAUUCAAUGUAAAUUUAAGUGGAUGUAUAUAUAUAUUUUUGGCAAUGUUCAUUCUCAAAUUGUAUGUGAAAAAAAAAUUUGUGUCAAUGUAUUUACUACAAUAUUUCCAAGUGAAAAAAUUAUUGUUAGUGCUAAGUUGCUGCUACAGCCCAUUGCCACAUGUUUUUAAGCCUAGCAACCAGAGUGGUAGUGACGUCUUUCUAAAAAUAAAGCAGCAAACCAAGAAUGUGCACAAUAUUUAUUGUAGUUCUGUGUUGGCAAAAAUAAUAUGCAGUUCUGUUCUUUA